AUGUAUGAUAAGGUAUUUACCACAUUAACCGAAGAUGAACAAAUUUCUCUUAACUAUGGAUUUCUGCCCAGCUUGACCCUGAAAGAUCUCUGUAACCCAGCUAUUGAAUUGGAAAAGUCCUGCUUACAUCGUCAGAGUAUUAAACUACCAUUACAGAGAUCUCUGCCUUUAUAUGCCAUUAAUCAAUUUAGCCCUUGCGCAACUACUUUUUUCUUCUUCAGCUCCGAUUCUCUCCUCACCCAUGUGGAGCAGCUUCUGCGGGCUUUUAUUCUGAAAAUCAGCGUCUGUGACGCUGUGCUGGACAACAACCCUCCAGGCUGUACUUUCACCAUCCUGGUGCACACCCGUGAAGCUGCCACGCGCAACAUGGAGAAAAUUCAAGUGAUCAAGGACUUCCCCUGGAUUCUGGCCGACGAGCAGGACGUCCACAUGCACGACCCACGGCUGAUCCCCCUGAAGACCAUGACCUCGGACCUCUUAAAGAUGCAGCUGUACGUCGAGGAGCGAACACAGAAAGGUACUUGAACCCGGCCCUUCCCAACCAUUUUGGAAGCUGCAACCCAGGCGACACAUGACCAAGCUGCACCCUGUCUCCAGCGACCACAUCAGUGCUCGAACGGUUGACGUGUGUGUCCGAGUUCCUUCCUGGCUACUGGAUGAUUGUGUUUUUAAAAGUGCUCUUAAAUCCCAGGUUAUUCUCACUUUCUUCAGCCGACUCAAAGAGCCGGGUACUUUUCAAGUUGCUAGACCUGAGGGAGGACGGGGCACUGCGGAACUGUGCCUCGAAAGUGCUAAUGUUUUGUUUGCUGUGAAAACACUCGUCUGUCUUGUUUUAAGUCAAUGUCUAUCGCUGUGUGUCCAAGGUGCUAAUGUCGAACAAUAUGAUGACUAAUUCACUGUAAAAUAAACUUGUAAAUGUUG